AUGUAUUUGGAGAACAAAAACAACCUGGAGAUUGAGAUGUCUCAGACGACCGCCCAAGGCCAUCAGGGCAUGAGCAGCCUGAGGUCACCGCAGGCCGUCGCAGCGAACUUCGGGGAGCUCCGUCUGCUGCAGGACAUUUCAGAGAGGAUGGACACCCAGAAGCUCCAGCAGUCUGCAGUUCUGCCUUUGGGACAGUGCGUCAUCCACACCGACGGCUUCGUCCCUGUUCGACAGGAGGAUGGACACAAUUUCAGCGCGGUUAAUAUCCUCAGAGGGAAAACCAACUCAGCCAACCUGACAGAGAAGUCGCCUCUGCUGAGGUUCGCUGAAGACGACGGUAUGACCUACAUGUCCCUACACAACCCCAGCUUUGUCGGAGGGGAAGAGCUCUGGGACAACGGCUCCCUGGACCAGGAGAAGAGGUUUCGACUGGGUAGCGAGGUCACCAGCCUGUCCCUGUCCCGCUCCAGCUCCUCAGAGAAGAGCGAAUCUCGGGACAACAUAAACUUCAGACUCACCAGUAGUAUGAAAUGCUGCUUCACAGUCUCCAAAAUUGCCAUCAUGUUCACCAUUGUCAUUCUUUGCAGUCUGUUCUUUAGCAUGUAUCCAGACCGAGACAACCCCUGGAGGAUGGUGGCCGUCUCCUCCACAGACAGUUUCUCAAUGAACCUGACAGAUUUCAGGGACAACGCUUUGCUGAAGCUCCAGGUGGGGGGGCCUUUCACAGGAGGGAUGGUCGACCUCACCAGCCAAGAGUACAUCCUGAUCCAGGUGGAGCAGACAGAGGAGCCGGGACAACGAAGGAGGAGAGCUCAGCAGGUGAUUUACAACUGGACCAUCCCGGUACACAGUGAACGAAGUGACCAGAUGCUGGUGACAAAAACUUUUGAGAUGCUCAGCAGUGAACCCAUCAUCAUCACGAUUCAGUCCUUCCUGCGGGACAAUGAGGUGGUGCCACUGUCCCUGACCCACCAGUCCCUCUACGUCAAUGUGGAGACACAGGUGGCUAUCGCUGGAAUCAUCUUGACUGGGGUCUAUGUUCUCAUCAUCUUUGAGAUUGUGCACCGCACACUGGCUGCCAUGUUGGGAUCUUUGGCAGCCUUGGCUGCUCUUGCUAUCAUUGGUGACCGACCCAGUCUGGUUACUGUGGUGGAGUGGAUCGAUUAUGAGACCCUGUCUCUUCUGUUUGGCAUGAUGGUACUGGUGGCCAUUUUUUCAGACACGGGCUUCUUUGAUUAUUGUGCUGUGAAGGCUUACCAGUUAUCCAGAGGAAGAGUGUGGCCUAUGAUCCUCAUCCUCUGUCUCAUUGCCGCCAUUCUCUCUGCUUUCCUGGACAAUGUCACCACUAUGAUGCUUUUCACCCCUGUCACCAUAAGGUUGUGUGAGGUGCUUAAUCUAGACCCCAGACAUGUCCUGAUUGCAGAAGUAAUCUUCACCAACAUUGGAGGGGCUGCCACAGCUGUCGGAGAUCCACCAAAUGUGAUUAUUGUAUCAAAUCAGGACCUGCGCAAAGAGGGGAUUGAUUUUGCCAGUUUCACGGGCUACAUGUCCCUCGGGAUAGUCCUUGUCCUUUUCACCUCGUUUCCUAUCCUGCGGAUGCUCUACUGGAACAAAAAACUUUACAACAAAGAGUCAAUUGAAAUAGUUGAACUCAAGCAUGAGAUCCUGGUUUGGAGGCAGACGGCUCAGCGCAUUAACCCUGCCAGUCGAGAGGAAACAGCUGUGAAAUGCCUCCUGAUGCAAAAAGUCCUUAACCUGGAAAAUCUUCUCCGCAAAAUGAUGAAAACCUUCCAAAAACAAAUUUCUCAGGAGGAUAAGAACUGGGAGCAAAACAUUCAGGAAUUGCAAAAGAAGCACAGAAUAACUGACAAAGUUCUCCUGGUGAAGUGUGUGUCCGUCCUUGGUGUGGUGAUCUUCAUGUUCUUUAUCAACUCCUUUGUUCCCAGCAUUCAUCUAGAGCUGGGUUGGAUUGCUAUCCUGGGCUCACUGUGGCUUUUGGUUCUGGCUGACAUCCAGGAUUUUGAGAUCAUCUUGCACCGGGUUGAAUGGGCCACACUGCUCUUUUUUGCUGGCCUCUUUGUUUUGAUGGAGGCUUUAGCCCAGCUGCAGCUUAUCGACUAUAUUGGAGAACAGACAGCGCUGCUUAUAAAAGCGGUGCCAGAAGAUCAGCGCUUGGCCAUAGCCAUUAUCCUGGUGAUGUGGAUCUCGGCUCUGGCUUCUUCUCUCAUUGACAACAUUCCCUUCACUGCCACCAUGAUUCCAGUUCUCAUCAACUUGAGUCAGGAUGCAGAUGUGAACCUACCAGUAAAACCUCUCAUCUAUGCUUUGGCAAUGGGAGCCUGUCUUGGGGGAAAUGGAACAUUAAUAGGAGCAUCAGCCAACGUUGUGUGCGCAGGAAUUGCUGAGCAGCAUGGCUACGGCUUCUCUUUUAUGGAGUUCUUCAGGUUAGGAUUCCCCAUGAUGAUACUGACGUGUAUGAUUGGCAUGUGCUACCUACUGGCUACCCACAUCGGACUUGGAUGGAACAUGUAAUCCACACCUGUUGUACCUAACCAAAGACACUGUGUAUCUUCAUCUGUGUGCCAGAGGCGGCCUUAGGCAUCCAGGGCCAUUACCCCCAUAAAAUAACAUUAUGAGAAAACAAUCCAAGGAUUCCCGUUGGUUAUAGGUUCUGAUUUUAAUGCAUUAUGUGCACUUUCAGAAUAAGCUAGAAAUGAUUAUAAAUAUAAUAUGUAUAAUAAUAUAAUUUCGAUGGUUUAUCAUAGGGGGUGCUUCUUUCAUCCUCACUCUGCCCCCUGAACGCCUCCUCCUGCACUAUAUGUAACUUUAGUUAAUGGACAUGAUCUCCAACGAUGAGCAUCAGAAGCUUAAACUGAAGGAAUCAGUCCAAGAACGUUCGAGAGUUAGGUCAAACUAUAGAUCAGUUAUAUAUAGAAGUCCUUCAAAACCAACGUUCAUCUCCGAUAUUCACAAAAGACACUUAUAAGGAAUUUCUUGAGUUGUGUGUGUUUUUUAUGAUCUUGAGGAAUAUACACAGUUUGGCUCUAUUUCUGUUCAGUGAGUGGUAGGGGUGGGAAUCUCCACCCUACUCACAAUUCAAUAGAGCUGUGUAUCUUCAAUAGCAUCUUGAUUUGUGCUUUAAAAGUAUUUUACACUGUUAUUAGAACAGUUUAUAACAGAGGUCUGUGUUCCCCACAUUGAUUUGACAUUCAUUCACUUUAAGCAUUUUUAGCCUUAACUGUAUCUGGGUGGUCCCGCCUUUCCUCCCUUUGCCGCAUCGAGGUGACUGAAAACCACAUGUAUUAAGUUAUUACUCGAUGAUGUCGGAAGAGAAGCUGAGAUCAUUCCGGUCACUUAAACCCUGAUGUCCUGGCUGUGAGCAUCUCGUGUUGUGUGUAGCAGAUGAACUACAUGCGUAGCAGCGCUGCAGCCUCCUCCACGUCUGGAUCGAUGCAUCAAAAACCAUUGAUACAUUUUCCUCCAGUGAGUAGUCAAGCGACUGACAGGUUUUGUUUACUGCUCAUGAAAACUGCCAAACUGCUCAGAUAAACAGGCAAACGGAAUUAAUAUCCACUUGUGUCUGCAGAGGCUCAGUUAAAGUAACAAAGUGUUGCUUUAGAUGUGUUUUUUUUUUUUAAACGUAUGGAAUGCAGAGAAGCCUUUCCCUUCUCUGGAGCAUCUAUUCUGUAGUGAAUAGUUCUAUUACGAUAAAGUAACACUCAAAUCAAAUUGACCGUAAAGGCAACACUGCGGUAGAAUAAAGCCGUCACAGCCCCCGCAGGCCACUGGGCCCUGUCACCACAUCUAUAGAACAAUACAGUGAAUCCUGUCUGUACAGUAUCAGGUUGGUUAGAUGCUAGCUACAGCCUAGUCAUAGUUACUGACAGUGUUGGCAAGAUCCGAUCACAGUUAAUAACAGUAUUCAAGAUCUUUCUCCAAUAUAUCGUUUGAUAUAAGUUAUAGUUUGCCACAAGAUUUUAGUUAGGGUUAGGGUUUCACAUCACCUACAGGAUGUUUGUCUUGUUCAAAAUAAGCUAGAGAACGAUAGGCUACUACACAACAGUCACAGAUACAGAACAGCCCAUUUCGUGAAUAAAAAUACGGGCAACAAUAAAAACAUUUAUGUUUAUUGGUAUUUUAACACAACUUGAAAUGAAACAGAGAGUUUGGUGAGUGGGAAUCAGACCAACUUGAUUAUAAAGAUAGUGAUUGACAGGAAGAAUGCACUACAGAUGAAGGGGGACACCUCAGUAACGUUUGUAGAUAGAUGAAAGAGAAUCACUGGUGCACCUCAUAGCUUCAGUGUCAGGUGAGGCUGAACCCAGAGUGUGUCCCGCAGUUACUGUCAGAGAAUAAUAGCCAGUGUGCCUUCAAUAACUCCAGCAGUUUAGGUAAAUUAACUCCACAAUCUAUUAAUUUGUAUGUUUUGAAAUGAUAUCCUCACCAUGGCCCUUUGGAGGACGGAACCUGUUUGAAGCUAAGGCCGCCUGUAGUGUGCUCAUACAGGUGACCAACACCACACUGUAAUGUGAUGUGAACCCCGAUUGUGUCAUCAGAUUACAGGCUCUGUUUGAAGCAUUGUAGCCAUAUUAUAUUUUUAACAUAAAUGGGUCUUUAAGUAAAGUGUAGACCAUCAGGGACCAGACUUACCGGAGCUUUGACCAAAAAAAUGAGUUUUCAAUGACAAAAUGGCUCGAACAAUCCACGAUGCUGAACAUGGUGCUACUGCCUCAGUGGGUACAACUGGUGUAAGUGAUCCAGUCCAGUCGCCUCUGAUGUCAGACUUUUUGUCAUUUUCUAAAUUCAUGUGCUCUGUUUACAACCACAGCAAAUGAACUCUGUUGACUAGUAUCACACUGAUUUUCUCUUAGAGAUAUAGAACACAGGUCAUGAUUUAGCCACCCCCAGUUCACCAAGUGUAUAAUGUUCAUAUUUUAAUGGAACCACAAGACCAACUGAAAGGGAUUUUAUAACGGUUUGUGUCAAAUACUACUUUGUUGGAUUCAGAAAUCUCAGUGGUCUGUGACUGAGUCUGAACAACUAAAAUCAAAGACAUUUGACGGAUUAUUAUCUGUAUACCAUAUAUUGUACUGUGUACACAAUGAUCUCAUGUAACCUCAUUGAUUUAGUUCAGUUAACCAUGUAGAAGCAGUUUAAUCGUGUAAAUAGUAUCACAUGAAACAGGCAACAACUUUGUAGCCCUUCCAGUUAAACUACUUAUCGCA